ACCACACACUUUAAACCUAACUAACUGCGAACAGCGUUUCUCUUUUCCUGAACACAAUAAUAAAACAUAUAACCAUCAUCAUCAUCAUCGUCAUAUUAUAUCAUCAGCCAGCCUCAAACGCCGUGCCUGCAUCGCCACCUAGAGGUACAACCAGGAACUGCACGUACACGAAUAUAUUGGCAAGAAUCUCCUCAACCCAUGAAUCAGUCCCUCAGAAAAUGAUGUGGCAGCCUUCAGUGAUGAAAAACAACCCUCCUCACCGAGUCGUGAUGAGGUGAACCGGUGGCUGGAGGGAGGCAGAGAGAGAGAGAGAGAGCGAGAGACAGACAGAGAGACAGAGAGAGAGAGCGAGACCACCAACAUCAACGCCACCAUCGUGCAAGAAAAGCGGUUGUCCCCACAGAGACCAUCCAUCCCCGACGCCCACACUUCCGGACUCGAGCCUCUGGAGGCAGCUGGGUCGGGAUGCAUCCGUCUCCUCCCGGUGCUGCUGCUUGAGAUGAGGAUAAGACGACGACGUCUUCCCCGGUGAAACGGCGAUGAUCGUUGCGUUACAUUAGAGCUGCACGUUACAAUCUGAGCUCAACUGAUCACAUCGCGGCGGGUGUUCGCUCAGAGGGAAUUCAGGCUUUGGCCAUAUACUGUCUAUCUGCUGUCAACUGUUGCAUAUUUCCACUGUAAAUGAAUCUUAUAAGGUUUAUGAACAACCGUGUUCCUCCUAACAAGAGAUACCAGCCGACAGAAUAUGAGCAUGCUGCCAACUGUGCCACGCAUGCGUUAUGGAUAAUCCCCAGCCUGCUGGGCAGCUCAGUGUUGCACUUCCAGUCGGAGGACCAAUGGGAGCGACUGUCGGCCUGGGUGUACGGGGCGGGGCUCAGCUCGCUGUUCAUCAUCUCCACCCUGUUCCACACUGUGGCCUGGAAGAAGAGCCAUCUACGGUCUGUGGAGCACUGUUUCCACAUGUGUGACAGGAUGGUGAUCUAUUUCUUCAUUGCUGCCUCCUACGCCCCUUGGUUAAACCUGCGGGAGCUGGGUCCCUGGGGGUGUCACAUGCGCUGGCUGGUGUGGGUCAUGGCCUCUUUUGGAACCACUUACGUCUUCUUCUUUCAUGAGAGGUAUAAGAUCACAGAGUUGAUCUGCUAUAUGGUGAUGGGAGUUUUUCCUGCCUUGGUCAUCCUCUCAAUGCCGGAGCAGUCGGGGUUGUGUGAGCUGCUGGUGGGCGGAGCCUGCUACUGUCUGGGGAUGGUCUUUUUUAAAAGUGAUGGCAUCGUUCCAUUUGCUCAUGCCAUUUGGCACCUGUUUGUCGCAAUGGGAGCAGCCAUACACUACUACGCCAUCUGGAAGUACCUCUAUGCCCAGCCGCCCAAUCAGGUCCAGACCUCCAGAUGACAUCAGCACUGACCUCACAGGAAGUAGCUCUAUGUUUGAGCUACUUCACGAGGAUGAUGCGUGCAGUGUCCCAUUUUAGCGUCUGCCUCCUUUGGAAAACAAGUGGGCUGAACCUCCUGCCAGAAUAAGACGGUGAAGCAUCACAGUAACAAAAACUAACGGUGCAUUUAGGUGAUCCUCAUCAACUCAUAAAGUUAAAAGAAAUCCACGUUCUUCACCAGGAAGUUGCACUCAAUUGGCCAAGAAAGUUGUAACAAGUCUAUGGCUGUGUUCAAAAUCGCAUACAAACGUAUAAUUCAUACUAAUUAUUACAUAAAAAUGAAGAAUGUAGUGCGUUUUAACUACAUAUUAUGUAUUAAAUGCCUUGUAUGUACUGUAUACUGGAUUAGCAAGAAUAUAUAGAGUAUGAAAUGUGAGCUAACUGGAACGACUCAACCGCCCCAAAUUUCUACGCAGCUCUUCAGACCGCUCAAUGCCAAACUGCAAGGUUUAAAUAAUGUACCGUUGGAUAAAAUCAUUACGAAUGAGGGCGAGUGACGUUAAGGUACAGCGCAGACUAAGUAUGUUAUAUGCAGGUGUUAUUAUGCGAAUUCAAACACAGCCUGAUAGUCUACAGCCAUGCUAGCAGCUCUGUGAGGCUUUACUUGCUAACGUCACCAUGCUAACAUGCUCACAAUGACAAUGCUGACUGAUAAAUAUAUAAUAUAAUGUUUCUUAAUUAAUUAGCACUAAACACAAACUACAGUUGAGGCUGAUGGGAUGUCAUUCAUAUUGCAGGGAAUCAUCAAAGUAACAAUUCAUCCUGAGGGGGAACUUAAUGUCUGUGCCUCACCUACUUUUAUGGUAAUCUAUCGAAUGGGAACGGUUCAUUUAAAAGCACAAAUGUGAACCUCAUGGUGGCGCAUUUGGGGAUCACCAAAGUCAUUAAAAUACAUCUUCUGGGAACCAUGAAUGUCUAUAGGCUACACACUUUUGUACACAUCAUUUGGGCAAUUUCAUGACAAACCAUCCAAAAGUUGAGAUAUUUCAGUGGACAAAAGCGUUGGACCGUCUAACUGACCGACUUUGCCAUCUCUUGGCUGCGUGCAUGGAUAAAGAACAAAUAGUCAAACAGGUUUAGAGAUUACUGAGUUUACAGUUGUGAUGUUUCACCCUAACACAUGAUGGACAACUGCAAGUAGUGUACUAGAGUAAUGUGAAAUGUAUCCAUAUUACUUCAAUUUAUCUUAGUUUAUAACUGGCUGCCAUUAUUAACAUCAUUUAUGAGUUGAUGAGGACGUCUGAAUGCACCCAUAAGCGAUUACCCGGCAUGCAAUGGAUUGUAGGAUACUGUGAUGGAUAAACUACACCAGAUUCACCAGAUGUUUGUUUGCCAAAUGUGUCAAAAAAAAGGUAGUCUGCGUUUGGAGGAGACAUUGCAUUGAGGCAACCUUUCAGCCUGUUGUAAAACUCUGGACUUCAAAGGUGGCAGCCUGUGAACUGGGACACAGCUUUUGUUUUUACCCGUCCACUUUAGUUAAAUCUUAACUUAUUUUUGCAGGAACUUUGGUUUCAUUACAAUGAUCAGGGGUUAAAUUACUAUUCUUGGAGAUUUCUCUCUACGUGGUGCACAUCCAGAUUCAGAAGCUGAAUUGAAGGCAUUGUCUUAUUUUCAAGAGGAGGACAAUGUUUACAAUAAGCUGACUUGACUAUCAUAAUUAGUUUCAGGGCAUUAUUCAAAGUAUUAUUAGCAUCAUUAACAGAAGGUUUUUUGGUUCGAUUGGUUGCAACAUCAGUAAUUUACUAUUCCAAUUCAGAGCGCUAAAUAGUAUUAUUACUGUUAUUGUUACUGUGCUAUCUACACUGUAGUUCACUUACUUUACUUUUUAACAGCAGUUGCUUCAGUCAGUGAUUUAAUGUCAUUUCUAAAUCAAGCAUGACUGUAGAAUUAUCUUCUUUUUUUACGUUAAACAUGCAGAUAUUUAUGGUUCUGGUCUUGGAGACUUAAAUUGUUUACCACGCUCUACACAGUAGAUUAUCAAGCAUCAUUACUGAAUUCUAAUAGUUUACUGUUGUUGAUUAGGGUUAGUAAGUGAAGAUGUCAUCAGUACAAUUUACACAGUAUAUAUUUAUUAAUGACGUACAGUAUAUGUUGACUUCAUCUAUAUUUUCUUCUAAUGUACUUAAAAGUAUCAGUUGGUUAUCUUCAUCAUUGUCAACUUAAUGAAUGGGACCAUUUAAUAGAGUUUGUCAAAGCUACAUGGUUGAACCUCUGUCCGAUUCAGCACUGCCAGAAGACUUACUGCCGUAACUGCACACUACUACCAUAUACGUCUCACACUUGAAAGGAAACUGAAGCUAUAGUAUUGUUGAACAAUCUGGCCCAAUAUCAAGGCAUCUCAGGUGUGUGCGUGUGCUUGUGUGUGUGCGUGUCUGUGUGUUUGUAUGUAUCCUAUAAUAUCUGACUCCCAUGAAUCCAAAGCCUGUAAUCGGCUGAGUCUAUGUUUACACGUGAACACAUGUACCUUGAACACAUAAAAAGUAUAUUUGGAAUAUAUAUGUACUCUUAGUGUUAAGCUGUAUGUGGUGGCACACAGUAUAUUGGACACGCUUGUUAAGUAUGAUAAAUGUGGCUAGAGGACACCUUCACACAGUCUAGUAUUCUAGGUGUAAAAUAUUUAUUUUGUAACCUCUGCUCCUGUUCAACAUACUUUCGCUGCUGUCUGUCUCUCAGGAUUUGGAUCAUUUGGGCUUAAAAGCCUGUGAAGUCACAUUCAAGGACCACUAAAGCUGCUCCAGUUGUUCGGGCGCUGUCUGCAGCAACGAAAAUAAUCAAAUAGCUGUGAAGCUGCUUUCUUUAAAGCUGGCACCACUCCAUACAGCUUCACUCGCUUACUACAUCCCCAAGUAGGGCAGAAGUCCCAAAAGUAUUCUUGAAGCUUUACAUAUGGGUGAUAUUUAUAAAGUAACCAAACAAGGGAGAAGCUUUAGGCAGAUAGACUUUGACAUACAACAACUACACAUAUAUGUUUUUAGAUUAUAAUAAAAAGAACUAUAACGCAUACAGUACAUUCACCAAAGCUGCACAACCCUCAUUUGCAUUAAAAUACACUGUGAUAAACACUUAUGAGACGCAUUUACAUUCAAGUACAUGCAGUUGUACUAGAGAAAAAAAAUCAAGUUGAUAUUAAAUUUUACUGGAUCCACACCAAAAACAAAUCACUUGUUCCUUAAAUGGUCAAACUUUACACUUUUUAAAGAUAUCCCGCUAACUAGCUAACAAACAAUAUGAAAAACAAGCAAAGAAAUGGGUCAUCAAGGUAUUAUAGAACAGAUCUUAACAUCUUUAACAAAGGAGUAACUGUGUAUCUCCUUUGCUGCCUAACGGCCCCUGAACAGGUCUCAGGGUCUUAAAUAUACUUUUAUUGCAUUCCUCAAUAUAAUAUAACUUGUUACAGUUGCAACUUACCAACCAGCAUAAGGAGAAUCAUUUAAUGUCACAAAACACUCAAAUUCAACUAAAUGUAUUCAUUACCUUUUGCGACAUCUGACUUAGGUUGAAAAUAACACAAAUCUUUUUUAUUAUCAUUCUUUACCGUUUAGUUUUUCACUAAGUUGUAAUUUAAUGUCAGAACAAAUGUAUUGUCGCAGUGGACUGGGAAUUACAUGUUUCACACUGUGGAUAUCUCAGUUUGGAAUAAAACUCUUCAGAUAUAUUCUCACAUUUGAAAAGGAACCUUUUAGUAUUUCUACUCUAAGUGUUUACCUCUGAGAAACACCAAAUGAUUGAGCGUUUACUGUUUUGGAGUACCCGUGGGUAUUAGAGCCUAUCAUAGCCAGUAUUUUGACUUGCUCUUACAGGCAGGUUUGGUGACGGUGAGAUGAAGUAUUUGAGGAUUUGACGUGUGUCUGUCUUGUCUUGGUUAUAAUAUCUGUGUCAUUCAGACAUACAGUGCCCACCUGACUUUGUAUAGAGUUUUAUAAACUCUCCAUGAAGCCUUCAUGGACCCUCUGUACAUUGUUUAUAGACGCUCUGUGAUUGUGGAGCUGCUGACUCUGUUCUCAGUGCUGCUGGUGUUUUAUUUCUGGUCGUACAAGACUGAUUAUAUUCUCAUAUUCUUUCUCUAGUUUUCAUAUUCUUUUUUUAUUUUUCGUGUCUGUGGUGCUUUUUGUGCUGUGAUAAGCCUUUAUGACGCCAACAAUGCUUUUAUCUUUUCUAUUUCUCUUGUAAUAAAAAAGCUUUUUCAUGCAGUAUA